AUGGCGUCCGGCGAGUCGUCAACAAAUGGCAAGGAGGACAGUGCAAAAAGCACUCCCAGGGAUGCUAGGGCGAUGAAAGCGAUCUUGAAAGAAAUGGGAGUAGAAGAUUAUGAACCUAGAGUAAUAAAUCAGAUGUUGGAAUUUACGUAUCGUAA